AUGGACCACAGCGCUUUGCCUCAGACGCCACGAAGCACCGACAGUGCUGUCCCCCAUGACCCAGGCUCUCGUUGUGGUUCAGAAACACCUGUUGCCGAUUCUAUAGAUACGCCGGGCAGUCCUAUGCUCUCAAGUUUCGAUGAUAGCUCUUGUCUUACUGUCACCCCUCCCGCAACGUCCACGACGCACGCUGUGGACCUUCCAAUUUUAAACGAGGUCUCUGUCCCAGUGACUGCUACCUCUUUGGCCUUACCUUUGACGUUGUCAUCUGACUCGUCCCCGGCGGCAACAGCUGCGACGGUGGAAACGGAGACGACGAUUAUAACAACACCCGCUCGCCUCCCGACAGGCGACGUUCAAUUCCGAUCUCAAACGAUUGCUCCGUCGCCACCACAGUCACGCUCCCCCCCAACACCCUCUCCGCCCUCCGCGAACGAUCUUGAUCGGGAGUCGGACGUUCCGUUCAGCAGCCACUACGCUCGCACAGCUCGUACUAGCGGACUUCAUUCCUUGCGACUUCAGACAGACGUUCAGUCCGCCGAUUCAUCCUUGGCCUCAGCGUCGUCCACUCCCCGUCAAACGUCAGACCCAGUGACCUCGAAUGUGUCCCCGUCAGGGAGCAUCACCUCCACGCCGUACUCGGGCCACGUACGCCCUUCCACGAUUACCUUGCAGCACAAAGGUUCAAACACGUCUCUGCAGCCCGUGUCUCGUACACCUAGUCUCAAGACCACCGCCUACCACGGCUUUGGGACUGCCUCUGCAGCCAGCUCUACCGUCCCGAGCCCAAUAAUUUCGGCUAUGGGGGACGUUACCCCUUUACCCUCGCCGUUAUUGUCUGGAGAUUCGCCAGGGCCCUGGAAAAAACUGGGCCGUUCACCUCCGAUUGAAACCCCUGUACAUUUGGUAACAGGGAUGCCUGACUCUGCCCUUGUUACUGCGAACGGCGAAUCCCUCACUGCCGCAUUGGCGCACCAAGCAAAGAGAAAAGCCUAUGCUGAGCUGCUCGCUGGAAACCCAGUGCGACCUCCUGAGACUGGCCAUAUGCGCUCCGAUAUCCAACCAGCACACACACGGGGGAGAAGCCUCAGCGAAUAUGUCCCCAACUCGGUGCUGUCGCCAGUUCGAAUGGUCACUGUCUCUGCGACUCAUUCCAAACAGGAUGCUGGUCAAGAAAACGCUGAAACUCCAUGUGAGCCACACAUGCGUCGUGAGCCUCACCUCUCUGAAGUUCGCGGAAUCACACCUGUUGAAAAGCCACCGACGCCCCCCCCAAGUGAAUCGUCUAUGCUCAUGGGCGAUGGAGCGGCGCCUUCAGAGAGAGACCAGGCAACUGCCCAGAGUAAAGAGUAUUUCGAGGCCCUUGGUCGCGAUGAUCAGAAACGACGGCGAUGGCGCUCUAUCAAGCUGCUCGGCCAGGGCACUUUCAGUCGUGUUAUGUUGGCCACGAACCGGAUGUCCUUGUCCAGCGAGGAUACAGGCCCGGCUACCCAAAGCUCAUCUAUCUCAGGCUCAGCACCGCGGUCUUGUUAUGACCGCAGCACUCUCGUUGCCAUCAAGAUAUGUGAGCAUGGCCCAAAAGGCGGCGCCUCUGAGGAUCGUAUUGAAAUGAGCCUUAAGCGCGAGCUGGAGAUUAUGCGAUGUAUCAACCAUCCGUCUCUUAUUCGCCUCAAAGCAUGGAACAUUGAGCCAACUAGGGCAAUUCUUGUACUAAGCUAUUGUCCCGGCGGUGACCUCUUUGAUAUUGCCAGCGCUCAUCGCGACAUUCUCUCACCACGACUUCUUGCACGUAUAUUCUCUGAGCUUGUCAGUGCCGUGCAAUAUCUCCAUGGGCAACAUAUUGUUCACCGUGAUAUCAAACUGGAAAAUGUGCUGGUCAACUUGACUCCUAAGGAAUUGGCAGAGGGCGUCGUUGAUUGGGAAUACUAUCCAUACAGCGUAACAACGCUUACGGAUCUUGGGCUUUCGAGACGAGCUGCCGACGAUGAGAAACUGGAAACGCGCUGCGGGUCAGACGAUUACGCUGCUCCAGAAGUUAUAAUGGGCCAGCCCUACGACGGUCGUGCGACUGACGCAUGGUCUUUGGGUGUACUACUCUAUGCGUUAUUAGAAGGCCGGCUACCGUUUGAUCCGAAUCCCGGAAUGAGCGACGCUCAUCGAAUGCGCUCGAGGACUAGCCACCGCAUCGCACGUGUGGAAUGGCGUUGGAUUCAGUUUGCUGGCGAUGAUGGGGAUCACGAAGGAGAUAUUUCCAAAUUUCGUGCGAGCGGAUUAGGAGGCGCAAUGGAGAUAACCGAGGGUCUUCUUAAGCGAGCCCGUAGCAGAUGGACCCUUGCUCAAGUGGCGGAAAGUGCUUGGGUUCAUGAUGCAGUGGCUGUUAAGGGCGGUUUGCAGUUCAGGGAAGAGGAAGAGGGCGAGGAGAUUGCAUGA